GGUUGUUGGGUCUCCCGGCGGCGCGGCAUACAUCACAACGCUGACAGCUGCGACAGACUCGCAACCAAGGGGAAAGAUGGAACACAGAGACGACAGCUUCAACAUAUUGUUAGCGACCGACUCUUACAAGGUAACACAUUACAAGCAGUAUCCCCCCAAUACGAGUAAAGUGUACUCCUAUUUUGAGUGCCGUGAGAAGAGGACAGACACCACCAAAAACAGAAAAGUCAAAUAUGACAAAACUGUCUUCUAUGGCCUACAGUACAUCCUCCACAAAUACCUAAAAGGGAAGGUAGUGACUCCAGAGAAGAUCCAGGAGGCAAAGGAGGUGUACCGAGAACAUUUCCAAGAUGACGUCUUCAAUGAGAAGGGCUGGAACUACAUUCUAGAUAAAUACAGUGGCCACCUUCCCAUAGAGAUCAAGGCAGUACCAGAAGGGAGUGUGAUUCCACGAGGAAAUGUUCUGUUCACGGUGGAGAGCACAGACCCUGAAUGCUACUGGCUCACCAACUGGGUAGAGACUAUCUUGGUGCAGAUCUGGUACCCCAUCACUGUGGCAACCAACUCCAGAGAGCAGAAGAAGAUCCUCGCCAAAUAUCUCCUGGAGACUUCAGGGAAUCUGGAGGGCCUCGAGUACAAGCUGCACGAUUUCGGCUACCGAGGCGUAUCCUCACAAGAGACUGCAGGUAUCGGGGCCUCCGCCCACCUGGUCAACUUCAAGGGCACAGACACAGUAGCUGGCAUUGGAGUCAUCAAAAAGUACUAUGGAACCAAAGACCCUGUGCCAGGUUUCUCCGUACCUGCUGCAGAGCACAGUACCAUCACAGCGUGGGGUAAGGACCAUGAGAAGGAUGCCUUUGAGCACAUUGUCAAGCAGUUCCCCAGCGUCCCUGUGUCUAUAGUGAGCGACAGCUAUGACAUCUACAACGCCUGUGAGAAGAUCUGGGGUGAAGAUCUGCGGGGGCUGAUAGAGAAACGCAGUGCAGAUGCCCCACUGGUAGUCCGGCCGGACUCUGGAAACCCCUUAGAUACAGUCCUGAAGGUUUUGGAGAUCCUUGGUAAGAAGUUCAUACCAGAGGAGAACUCUAAGGGUUAUAUGGUCCUUCCUCCUUACAUCAGAGUUAUACAGGGAGAUGGCGUGGACAUCAACACACUUCAGGAGAUUGUAGAGGGAAUGAAGCAACACAGGUGGUCUAUUGAGAACAUCUCCUUCGGUUCUGGAGGGGCUCUGCUCCAGAAACUGACUCGAGAUCUGCUCAACUGCUCCUUCAAAUGCAGCUAUGUAGUCACUAAUGGAUUGGGGGUGAAUGUGUUCAAAGACCCAGUGGCAGACCCCAACAAGAGGUCAAAGAAAGGUCGUCUGUCACUGCACCGGACACAGAGUGGAGACUAUGUCACCCUGGAAGAAGGCAAAGGAGACCUGGAAGAGUACGGAGCGGACCUUUUACACACCGUGUUCCAGAACGGAAAGAUUGUGAAGACCUAUACGUUUGACGACGUCAGAGACAAUGCCAAACUCAAAGAGAGCGAGCUUGAAGAGCUGCUUCACUGAGUGCUGCACCAUUCUGACCCCCACUGCACCGCCCCCCCAUUCCAAAUGACCCCUGACCUUUCACCUUUUGGCCUCUGACACCACCCCAGCAAAUGGAAGGUAGCGUGCACUGCUAAUAAACCACCCUACCCCUCAAAAAACCCUAACAAAAUAUCUAAAAGUAAGACACCCUUGUAUUCCUAAAAACCCAACAUCCCCUGUAAUGAGCUUCACCCCCAAGAUCUGAGGCACUGUUGGUUACACAGCAGAGCAAGGAGAGUGGAGACGAGGGAAGAUUUGGAAACCCACACACCUGUGACCAACACCAAACCCAAAUCCCCCGCCCCACCUGAGCAACAGACCACCUGGGAGAGAGAGAGAGAGAGAGAGAGAGAGAGAGAGAGAGAGAGAGAGAGAGAGAGAGAGAGAGAGAGAGAGAGAGAGAGAGAGAGAGAGAGAGAGAGAGAGAGAGAGAGAGAGAGAGAGAGAAUGUAAGAGAAAGAGGAAAAGCAAGGGAAAUGUGUAAGAUGUUUUAAUGAUAGAGGUGAUGGGAGUCAUCCAUAGAGAGGGAAGGAGAAUAGAGAAGCUGUAAAUGGAAUUAAGACGAUUAACUCUGUGUUCACACAGCUAGAAAACCCAGUCCCAUUCAGCAGUAGCUUUGCACUGCUAGGUGGGACAUCGGGCAGCGCAGCCACAUGACCACAGAAGUGGCCAAUGUUAUCCGAAAGAUGACUGAAUGAGCCAGUCACAAUUUACGAUAUUCUGAUGCUUAAAAAACAAGAUAAAUGAGUGGUCCCCCAAGUGGCUUGUUUGUCUAGUUGCUAGCGUUGUGAGCACGUGUUGAGACUUUAGUGAGUGAGACCAGGAAAGAAAGUGCAAGAGUAAUAUGAAGAUACAACCACACCAUUGACUGUGCCCCGCAUAUUGUGUACAGAACUGUCUAGAAAACACGUCUAAAUCUACUUUAGUCUUUUUUGUGAAAGAAAUGGUGAUCAUGGUAUACAAUGCAUCCAUAGCAUCAACAGCUCCUUGUUAAUUUUCUUGCCAGAAUGUGGCAUCCGAGGUCACAAAUGCUUAAAAAAAAAGCAAUUAUAUGUAUUACAUUGCAAUGUUGGAUGUCAAUUGUAGUCAUUAAUAUGUAGCAGACUGCACAAAGAUUCAUCUUUCACCAAUUUUAUACAAAAUGAAGUACUUACGGCCCAAAUUGUCAAUAUCAGGAACUAACUGUAUAUUUGAAUGUGGGGGGAAAAAAUUAGCACUCAGUGUCAGCAAGUACUUAAAUUGAAGUACUAGUAAUAAUACUUGGCCAGCAGGAAAUGUUAUUGAUGCAUCUUAGUUGACAGAUGAUCAUCUCACCGCUGUUAUGUUUAGGACAUCAGUUCCCAUAAAUCAUCUAUACUGUAAAGGCCCAAUCUGUGUUCAGCUAUUUACUGAGUCAUCCCACCGUUAAACUACUGCUCCUAAAGUAGAUCUUCAGAGCUUGUCAUUAUGUGAGCACCUCACAAUUUUUAAAUAUAUUUAUAACUCUUAAGAUUUGCUUUUUAAUUUUGACUGGCGGCCUGUCCAGGGUGUCUCCAUGCCUACCACCCAAUGACUGCUGGGAUAGGCUCCAGCAUCCCGCAACCCCACUUGGGAUAAGCGGCUUGGAUAGUGGAUGGAUAUACUUUAUUAAUCCCUGUGGGGAAAUUGUGCUCUGCAUUUAACCCAUCCUAGCUGCCGUGCAACACCCGGGGACCAACUCCAGGUCUUCUCCAAGGGGCACAGACAGGAGUAUAAACCCUAACAUGCAUGUCUUACUGGAGCACCUGAAGAAAACCCACCGCAGACACAGGGAGAACAUACAAACUCCACACAGAGAUGACCUAUGAUGACCCCCCCCCCCCCCAAGGCUGGACAGCGCCACCGUGCCACUUUCAGUUUUGUUUUGUUUUUUGUAAAUUUAAGUCAAUUAAUAAAUUACCCAGCGCUCCCAUAGUGGAAGGAUUACGGCGCAUACCACAUGGCAACAUCACAACCAUCGCCAAUUCAAUUCCAGAUGGCGACCUUUGUUGCCUGUCAUACGCCCCCCCCCCCCUCCUAUUUCCUGUAUACCUCUUCACUGUCGCUGUCUAAUAAAGGUAAAAGAAUGGCAAACAAAUUUUUUUUUCAAAUUGCCCUGGUAUUUUUAGCAACGUUUAAACAGGAAAUUAGUAAAUUGUCUCUUUAUCUCAUUAAACCCAACGGCACAUUAGCAAAUACAAUCGUUUCACCCUAACACCCCCCCCCCAAAAUUUAAAAAAAAAAAAUAAUAAUAAAAUAGAAUCUGGGUUAGGUCUUCAUGGUUGGAAAUGGGAACUGGUUCCUGGUGUAUAAGACCAAGAACUGAUGUAAAGGAGAAGAAAAACACAUCAUGGAAAUAGUCUUCGCAGGAAUGGAGACAAUAUGUGGUUUUAAUUAUGUGUUAAUGAGAGAUCACUAAAUAUGGUUCCUGGCUGGUAUGUUAACUGUUGAUAUUGGUGACUGGUGUGCAUGCACAACAGGGCACUUCGUGUGUGCGUGUGUGCGUGUGUGUAUGUUUGCUGGUUGAGUGUACACUGACGUUUUCUUUUGUUCUUUAAAGGAUUAUAUGGUAUUCUUUUAUGCAAAUGUAUUUUGUGAUUGGGGCAGAGAGCACUCUUCCUUUACUCUGCUGGCCUCUUUCUGAAGAGAGAGAGGGGAUCUUGACAAAAAGGUGGCAAUGUAGAGGUGACACUUCUACAAAUCGGCAGAAUAGUGAGACCCGGGUUCAGAGAAGUAUUGAAAUAUUUAACAGGUAUGUUCCUUCGGGUUGGAAAUGCAGCCAUGUUUUUUUGAGCAACUGCCUUGGUACAAUUGCCCGUCAGAAUUGCCCUCAACAUUGCCUGGCGUUACACUGCCUUAACCCCUGAAAAGCAGGACAACCUCUAACAGUAAUGGCUCGGGUAGAGUGAGGAUGGAGCGUUUACUAGCCAAGCUUGUAUGUAGCUAGCAGUUUGUGUUUGUUUUUCUUUUCAGCCUGAGUCAAAUAAUAAUUACACAUCAUAUGUGACAUACCCAACAGCACCCUUUGACCUACCUGGAGUAAAAGAUGGGUGGGUCUAGUACCAUCUUCUGUGGGUUUCACUUUUUACUGUCGGGUGUAAAUGGAGUCCGUCACGAGUCGAUGAUCUCCCCGUUCAAAACAGCUCUCUUGAGCCUCGGCGCUGCUUCUGAGGGUACGUUGCACUGAGUUGGGCCUUUUUUCUAGAUUAUCUUUCCUUUUGUGUCGGCAGGAGAGCGUGCCAGGGAGCAAGAAGCAGUCGGUGACAUCACAGGAGUUGUACGGCCCAAAACCAGUGAUGGAAUUUGUACGCGUUAUUCAGUGUGCACCGCAACGCUGCCCCCUUUUUAAGAAAUAUAACUUGGCGACAAAGAUGUGAAGAUGCCCUGCAUGGCGGGGGGGGGGGGGGGGAAUAUAGUGCUAUCUCAACACUAUUCCUCUGCAUUGGUUUCACCAGAUUUGAACCUUUAUUUAUGCAGGAAAUGUCUUUGGUGAACACACACGCUCUUUUUUUCGACCACCUCCCUGCUUCAUACAUCCAUCCGGUCACACACACUCACGCCCUCCUGGGAGCUGCCGGGUGUUCACAUGGUUCUGUGAUGUUGGAGCCUGGGCAGCUCCACUGGUGCAAGUCGGUGCUUUGUCCAAAGUAAGUUUAGUAGUUCACUCCCCUGUGCACAUUCCUCCAGCCUGUGCAGAGAUUCAUACCAGUGUUCCCUGAGUCACGAGCCCGCCACUUCGACUGAAUGUUUAUAGUUGGUUAUAGUUGUUUGUUACAGUCACUUCAGCCUCCUUUCUGCAUCUUGUGACAUCAGUGACUCCUCUCUCGUCCUCUUGGCUUAAGACCACAUUACUAAACUCCUGCCCGGCCAGUAGACAACACGACUAAUUAUGUUGCAGAAAUAUUGUCACGAGUUUUUGUUUUUUUUAAUCGCAUUUCCCCCUCGUUACUUCUUCCUACUGAAAUGCACUACAUUUUAAUUUGUGUAGAGUUUAACAUUUUGUUAUUCAGCAGUUGGAAUCUGAGAACAAAGUGCACGUCACAGUUUUUCCCUCUUCUGUUUCAAUUAUGGGGUGCAUUUAAGUACAGUUUUGAUUUUACUAUUUUGAUACUGUCUUGGUUCUUACCUCAGAAAAAAAAACAAAAACAUUAUUUUGUAUUACAAAGGUGAAAAAAAUGCCAGAGAUAUUGCAGUAAAUAUCCCUACUUACAAACAGUGUGGCCAAACUGCCUUCUCAUUUGUACAUACAACAACUUAUUUUACUGAAAGCAGAGAGGGCAGGUUAGGGAGACAAAGAUACUAGAUACUAUUAUUAUUUUUGUCUAAAUGACCAUUUUUGUACCAACAGAAAAAUAUCCAAAACUGCUCGGGUGAACUGGCAGUGUGACUGUUUUUUUGUGAUUGACAAGCUUUGUGCGCGCGCGCGCGUGUGUGUGUGAGUUGUCGUUUGUGUAUGCAUUACGUGCAUCGGAUGAAGAAGUAUGUGAAUACUUUUUUGUUUUUCUUUCUUCAUUGUUGUUGUUUUACAUGUAUGUAUAUGUUGGUUGUCCCAUAUUCUCUCCCAACACAACUGAUAUUUUAACUAACAUAACUGUUGCUAUAUUGUCAACAAUACAUUGAUUAAAGAUA